CACUGUUUCAUUUGUGUGUUGAAAACAUUACAUUCUGAAAUACAAGUUGGAGAUGCUAAAACUUAAAAAAAAAAAUAUAAUAAUAAUGGCUACUGUCAGAGCUUAACCAAAAGAGUUUAAAGAUUACUGCCAAAAUGUUAGCCACAGGCCUACACCAAAUUUUCCAAAGCAGCCACUGGCCCCAGUGUGUCUUGUAGAGAGCACUGUUUUCCCGCAGAUUGUCUUAUCAGGGGUCGGCAUAGCUGCACUCGGGACAGCUGUUGGGAGGAGUCAACUCAACUGAACCCUUCAUGUGCUCCAAAAGAAGCUACACAACACCCAAACAGUCAUUUAUUUAGCACCGACAGGUCUACAGAUAUGUAAUGUACUGUAUGUAUUAGAAAUGUGUUUGAAAGCAUGGUGUGACUUAACGGUUUUGUAUUUCAUCUUCCUGAUGUGUCAAAGUUUAGAGGCUGGGUAGGUGACAAUUUGCUGUUCCGUGUAAUUUCCAGGUUAAUCGUUUGCAGCAAGAGCCUCUCCUGAAUGUGUUCAACUGCCAACUAUGUUCUCCCUCUGAGGAGAACCUGUGAGGUAUUAGCCACUCCAGGCAGGCUGUGUGGUGGAGUGUCCAUGUCAACUAAUUUCCCUGGAGCCAGAUCUCAUGGAGCUCCUCAGGACACAGAGAUGGAUGUGGCUUGGCAGGAGCUGAUGGCCAUCACAGAGCUGCAGGAGUUUGAAGUCCCCAGUGAAGGCUCCUAUGAAACAACACAGUACCAAACCAUGGAGCCCAUGGUCCCUAUGGGAGGAUAUGGGAUGGCUCAGUCACAUUCUGAGCCUCCUCCUGCUGCUUGUGAGCUCGGCACCGCAGACACUUACGAUGGAUGUUACUCUGAAGAAGUGCCUGUCUGUCAUCGCCUAGGCAGCAACACAGAGGCAAUGUAUGGACAAGCUCAGCUCAAUCAAAGAAUGCUCCCCAUCUCUUCUCACACACAGCCAUCACACAUGGCUUUUAGGGAACAGAUGAACAUGUCUGGUACCAGUCAAGGGCACAGGAGGGCCAAUGCUUUUCUCUCUCAGGAUCUACGUCGACACAUGCUGUGGACUACACAUGGACAAAGUUCACACGCUCGCUCAGCUGAUGAUCUAGAGUCAGACUCGGGUCUGUCUCUAGGUUCUAGUCCACCUCUGGCCUCCCCAGAUAAUCCUGUUGGUGGUGCACCGGGUUGUCAGAGUGUAGACAUUGGCAUGACAUAUAGUGAUGGUGAACCAGACAGCAUGACUGAGCAUGCCAGAAGAGCACACAUCCAUUACUCAAUGGACUACCAGAGUCAAUCUUCCUUGUAUUUACACUCAGGUACACAGCCUUAUUUUUCACCCCAACCCACUUUAUCUCAGUCACAACCUAAUGCUCUGACUCCUCGGGCAGUGAAACAGCAGGGUCUGGCCUCUGCUCUGAGCAACCUGUACAAUGACUCUGGAGUGUCCAGCAGAGGGAGCUCACAACAUAACAUGUAUAUAAAACCACAAGGAAGUAACUCCACUCCAGGUACGCUGAGCCGAGAUGAGAGGCGGGCCAUGUCGUUGAAAAUUCCCUUCCCCACAGAGAAGAUUAUCAAUCUACCUGUGGAUGACUUCAAUGAACUCCUGACACAGUACACUCUAACAGACAAUCAACUAGCACUGGUGAGGGACAUUAGACGAAGAGGGAAGAACAAAGUUGCAGCUCAGAACUGCAGGAAAAGGAAGCUUGAGAGCAUAAUUCACCUUGAAAGAGAACUGAACGAGCUGCAGGCCCAAAGAGAGCACCUGGCACAGGAAAGGCUUGAGUUCCAGCGCAGCUUGGGUUUUAUUAAGUGUCGCCUUACAGGCCUCUAUUCAGAAGUAUUUUCUCACUUAAGAGAUGAAAAUGGACAGCCAUACUCAAUAGAUGAAUAUGCCCUACAACAGACACCCGAUGGUAAAAUUUAUUUAGUACCUCACACAACUAUGCAAAAGAGAGAGCAAUGCUAAAUAAGUGGGGAUAGUCUUAUUUAAUACCCUUACAGAAGGUAUACUGCCUGAUUGUACCAAAUGAAAGCAUAUCAACUGGAAGUUGCAUGUUCAUGUGGUUAUUACUUUAACAUGAAUCAAACAAAUGCUCUUACAAUUGACUGGAACCACACCUGAGUACCUUUAAAAAAAUACUUUAUUAAAAAAAUAAGACACUGCAUAGCAGUCUUCAGUUUAAAAAAAAAAAAGAAAAAAAAAAAAAAGAAGUCUUCCAGCACCCACAUGAUUAAUAAGAACCUGUGGAAACAUAAAUCUGUUAAAUAAAAUAAAAAACUUUGGGGGAAAAGUGAUGUGCAAGGUUUUGAUUAUUUUUACCUGAGCCAUUGUCACAGAAAUGAAGUCAAGGGUUUCGAGACCAUGUAGUGGGUUUCCUAGAGGGCAGAAAUGCAAAAUAAGUAAAAUGCAAUCUUUUGCAAAAAAGUGCGUUGAUUUAUGUUCACAGCAUGCAAUGUUGUAGGGCCUCUAUGCACAAUUAGGAGGCCAAUUUUACCAGUCAACAUAAUAAAAAAAGAUGCACAUAAGUUGUCAUUACUUGGCUACACAACUUACUACCAGCUACAUGACAAAAGCAAGACAUACUAUCAGUAGUUGAGAAGUCUGGUCUUACCUACAGACAGCACUUAAGCCUUUUGGUAGCUGCUGCCUGCUAGCCUCAGGCUUCUGUUCUCACUCUCCCCUGCUUCAAUGAUCCUGGCGAUGGUUUUGCUACUUCUCUCCCUCAGCUGGCUUCCAUGACUAGCCUCAAAGACUUGCAUGUAAGCUAGCAUCCUCCAGUUGGUCUUUGCAGAACUCAGGGUAGAGUCUGUACCAAGUGAUGGACUCUUUAUGAUUGAAGUAUCUGUGCACCACUUCUCAUUCCUCUACCAGUAUUUUAUUGGCAUUGAUUUAUGGUGUGUGUUGUGACUAGUGCAGGGCUUCCCAGGUGGAUUUCUUUGGCUGAUGUAAAAUGUCCCUCAUCCCACAUUGUGCAGCAUCUUAAUAGUGAACCCUCCCUUUCCCAAACCACUCAAGAGGCUAACAAGACUUUGUAAAAAAACUGAAUGAUGGUUUAUUUCAGCUUGAUUUGAUGCAGUUACAAAUAAAAACCAGGCUUAAAGAAAAAAAAAAAAAUCUACAUAAAACCUCAUUGGAAUGCUUGCUUUCCAUAAACACAUUGAUGAAAAAAAA